CUGACAUCAAGGCCAAAAGCUCCGCCUAUGCACAUCAUUUUUACUUGCACAGAGUGUGACCAACAGCUGAACAUCCAUCUUGUCUGGCUGGGAGGGUUUCACCGCCUGCCCGCAAUUGGGAGCGAUUUCGGGCGGGUUGUUUUUUCUGCCCCUCCCCCCACAUAUUUGCUAGGCCAAGCUUGAGUGACUCUUCUUAUCUGAUCUUAACCUUGCGCAUCCUCAUAUCUUGCUACUUUCCAAUUUGCCGGGUCAAUUGGACCAGAAAACUUCGUGAAACAUGAUUUCUGCAGCCUCUGUGGCCCUGCGGGCCGGUGCUCGACGAGGUAUUCCCAGAGCUGCGGCUGUUGCUUCUGCUCUCAACGCCAGUCGCAGGGGUAUCUCAGCGACGAGGUCUCUAGCUCUUCCCGCGAAGGACCGAACUCGGGAGAUUGUCGCCCAGACCGUGAGCAGCAUCGGCAGCAAGCGCGAGGGACAGCAGUAUCUCAAGCUCUUCACCUCUGUCUCGUCCCAGAAAUUCGCCGUCAUCAAGGUCGGAGGCGCUAUUUUAACCGAGUAUCUUGAGGAAUUGUCUCGAAGUCUUCUUUUCUUAACAGAGCUGGGUCUCUACCCGGUCAUUGUGCAUGGUGCUGGCCCUCAGCUCAACCGCCUCCUCGAGGAAGCCGGCGUUGAGCCUCAGUUCGAAGAGGGUAUCCGCGUUACCGAUGCCAAGACACUGGGUGUGGCCCGCAAGCUCUUCCUUGAAGAGAAUCUCCGACUAGUGAACAGACUGGACGAGCUAGGUAUUGCGACUAGGUCUCUCAGCGGUGCCUUCAUGGCCGAUUACCUGGAUAAAGAGAAAUGGCAGUAUGUCGGAAAGAUCACCAAAGUUAACAAGGAAGCAAUUGAGAAGUCCAUCGAGGCUGGAUACAUCCCUGUGCUUACUUCUAUGGCUGAGUCUGAAGACGGCCAGCUUCUCAACGUUAACGCAGAUGUAGCCGCAGCUGAGCUUGCUCGUUCACUGGAGCCUCUGAAGGUGGUGUAUUUGUCCGAGAAGGGUGGUCUAUUCAACGGCGACGGAGAGAAGAUCUCGCACAUUAACCUGGACGAGGAGUUUGAUCACCUCAUGGCACAGCCCUGGUGCCGUUACGGUACACGUCUUAAGAUCAAGCAGAUCAAGGAGCUUCUCGAUACUCUUCCCAGGACAUCUAGCGUUGCUAUUAUCCACCCUAGCGAUCUUCAAAAGGAGCUUUUUACAGACUCUGGCGCCGGUACUCUGAUCCGACGCGGAGACAAGGUCCAAAAGGUGACUUCUGUCUCAGAGUUUGAGGAUUUGGAUAAGAUCAAGGCCAGCCUGAUUCGAGAGCGUGGGGGUCUCGAUGCCGAAGCAACUGUUGACCGGUUCAUUGACUUCCUGAGGGAGAAUCCUUUCACUGCCUAUUUCGACGAUGCGACGCAAUGUGUUGCUAUUGUUAUGCCAGCUGGAAAGGACCGACCGAUGGCUACCCUUGCUACUCUAGCCAUCACCAAGUCUGGCUGGCUCACCAACGUUGCGGAGAACGUAUUUGCCGCCAUCAAGAAGGACCACCCUAGCCUUGCCUGGACUGUCAAUGAGAAUGACGAGAACUUGACCUGGUUCUUUGAGAAGGCCGAUGGCAGCUUUAACCGCAACGGAAGCGUCCUGUUCUACUAUGGCUGCGAUCUUCGAUCCGAUGCUCUGGCUCCGGUAUACGAUGACUUUGUCUCUCACGGACGUGCUAUGUUGGGUGAUUCCAACCUCGAGGCUCGACUGCGACGUGCCGCCCAGGCCGCGAGCGAGGCUUUGAAGGGCUCUCAGGCCUAAGCUUAUUCUAGAUCAUGUCCCUGUUUGUUCCGUGAUGGACAAGUUGGCGACGAAGUGGGGAUUCUUAUAGAGAUAUUCCUUGAAUGUGAUGGAAUAAGAGGGGAAAAGAGGCGAAACGAAAAUGUAACAUCAUCCUUUACGGAGUUUAAUGGCGGGAGGCUUGACUGGAAAUAUAGCGGCCGAUUGAAAUAUAAAUAAAUAUGUAUUAUAUUUACAAACUUGUCUCAUCAAAUCAUGUUGCUGAGGCGUUGACGACGGAUCAGGCAGCCGCAGUCUAUAUCACAAGUAGGAAUGGUCUCGAUAGAACUCAGCCCGCCCAAGUUGCAGCAUUUCGCUUAGCCUGUAUCAGUUUACUCC